AUGACUCCGAAGUAUUCUCCUUAUCCUGCCUCUCGUCCCAAUUAUGACCCCUUGAGCGCCCCAAGUGGGUUCCAGUCUACCCACGGCCUGCCGCCUCCAACUCCAAGUUUUGGGAGGCCUCGUGCAGUCACCGCUCGAAAGACAAAUAGUACGAAGUACUCUGUUUCCAGCGGUGCAUUCAACAGCCAGACUCCCGAUUCUCGAGACACCCAAUCUGUUUCACACAAUACUCCGAGGAUUGGUACCGCUACCGAAGAGGAUGUGGUUGAUCUGACAGUAGAGUCGGUGGAAGUACGAUCCACCAAAUUGAGGUCCAAACAUGUAGCUGAGGCGUCCUUAACGAAGCAAGCAGGUGCUCAGAUUCCUGAUCCUAUGCGGAUGGUACCCCUUCCGUUUCCGUUGUCCCCUCCGCGGUCCAUCCGCCGCCCCGCCCAGCUCGCGGAAGUACCGCCACCCCUCGAGGCACCACAGUUCACGAAACCACGCGGCGUUCAAGACAUCAGGCGUGAUAUCAAACGUGCUCAGAGGUGGAUGGAUGACCUCGUUGAUGAGUUACAAGAAACCUACGAUGAGAUGGCAAAGAUUUAA